AUGUUGAGCCGCCUGUUCAGCGAGGUGCUGCCGGACGUCCAGAGGCUCGCGGCCGACUGGGCGGACGACAACGAGAGCGAGGACAGCAAGGACAAGGACGACGGGCACGGGUCCGGGCAGCUCGGGGGGGACGACGACCUGGACGGGCCGCUGGAAGGCAUCAGCCGAGCCGAGUCUGAGAUGGCCGACGACGACGACGACGACGAGGAGGACGAGGCCGAGGAGGAGGAGGAGGAGUGCGGGGACGAGAACAGCGGAGACAAGCCCAAGAAGCGCGGCCCCAAGAAGCGCAAGAUGACCCCGGCGCGCGUCGAGCGCUCCAAGGUGCGCAGGCACAAGGCCAACGCGCGGGAGCGCACACGCAUGCACGACUUGAAUUCUGCACUGGACAAUCUGCGCAAAGUGGUUCCGUGCUACUCCAAAACCCAAAAACUCUCCAAGAUCGAGACCCUGAGGCUGGCCAAGAACUACAUCCUGGCCCUGGGGGAGAUUUUACGCAACGGGAAGCGCCCAGAUGUGGUGGCCUACGUGCAGAUGUUGUGCAAGGGCCUGUCCCAGCCCACCACCAACCUGGUGGCCGGCUGCCUGCAGCUCAACACCAGGAACUUCCUGACGGAGCCGUGCUCGGACACAGCCCGCUUCCACAUGCCCAGCUCGCCCUUCUCCGUGCACCCCUACUCCUACCGCUGCUCGCGUCUCUCCAGCCCGCACAGCUUCCCGCCCGGCUCCGGCGCGGCGCUCAGCCUGCGGGGGGGGCACUCCUACGGGUCUGGGUACGAGGGUGUGUACCCACCAGGGGGGGGCACGUCCCCUGACUACAGCAGCCCGGACUAUGAGGGCCAGCACAGCCCGCCGGUGUGCCUGAACGGCGGGCUGUCCGGGAGGCAGCAGGAGUCCUCGGACACGGACAGGAACUAUCACUACUCUAUGCAUUACUCCGGACUGAGCACGUCUCGACCUCCAGGCCACAGUCUGCCUUUCGGGCCCUCGGGAGCGCGAGGUGGUGCCCACUCGGAAAACAUUCCCCCCUUCCACGACGUGCACUUGCACCACGACAGGGCUCCUCCAUACGAGGACCUCAAUGCGUUUUUCCACAACUGA